GUGAUAUACAUAUUUUACCAUGUAUUCUAACCUUUUUUCGCUGUUACUGAUCCUGUAACGGGUCGCCUAUUAUAAAAGUUACUACUUUAAAAUGAUUAAAUAGUUAAAAAACAGAGAAAGCGGACAUUUCACUUUUGUCACAUUUCAUUUAUCUUAUUGUCCCCUCUAACCUUAAUUUUUUUUAUCAGAAUCUAAUCGCAUAAUUAUCACAUGUAACAUAACUCGAUUUUUUCUAAAAACUUUAUGACUUCACCAAUAACUCCGGCAAAUCCUCCUCGUCCAGCUCUUAAAGCCACAGACGAAAAAAGUUUUGCUUUUACAAGUACAACUUAUAGGUGGCCAAUUAUUAUUACAAAAGCUAUUGACGAUAUCUACAAAACCCGUCAUGAUAUUGAUACUUCAAAAGAACCCGAAAAAGCGAAAGAAGGGAAAGAUAUCAUGGAUUCUAUAGCUUUAUUAAAAUACGAAAUGCAACGAAAGAGGCAAUUAACACCAAUCGAAGAUGAUGGGGAACCAGAUAUUAAUACAUAUAAUGAAGUGUUUACUAGAUAUUUCAAAGAAGAAAAUUGGUAUUCAGCUUCAUGGCUUUUCACUGAAUGUUAUUUAUAUCGUAGGAUUCGUUCCAUAUUGGCAAAAACUAAGUAUUGGCGUAAUUAUGAUCCUUUUUUUCGACAAAAGGAAGAAAUAAUUAAAGCAUCUUUUGCAGCUAUAAUUGAGCUUGCAAAACGUAUUGAUGAAUUAAUUUCUAAUCAAAAUCAUGACAAAAAGAUAUUAUUUCAUGAAUUAGCUCAAAUAAGCUUAUGGGGAAAUGCUACUGAUUUAUCAUUAUUAACUAAUCUAAAUUAUAAUGAUAUAAAUAAAUUACAAAGUAUCGAUGCUAAAGCAUUGGAACAAUCAGAAAAUAAAAUUUUAGUGAAUGAUUUGGAAAAAUUAUGGAAUAAGCUCUCUCAUUAUCAACAAAAGAGAAUUGAUUUUGUUCUUGACAAUGCUGGAUUUGAAUUAUACGGAGAUUUGAUAUUUGCUGAUUGGUUAAUUCAAGUUGGUUAUGCAUCCGAAAUUUACUUGCAUAUCAAAGCAAUUCCAUGGUUUGUUUCAGAUACAACGUCAAAUGAUUUUAAUUUGUUACUUAGUUCAUUAAAAAAUGGUUCUUUAUCUGCAUCCUCCGAUGAAAAGAUAUAUCUUGAAAAAUUAGCAAAAAGAUGGCAAGAAUAUAUUGAAAAUAAUAAAUGGAUUCUUAAAUCAGAUUAUUUCUGGACAUCUCCUUAUUCUUAUUGGCAUCUUAAAGAACAAGCGCCUGAAUUAUUUACUGAUAUUUCCAAAUCUUCAUUAGUAAUUUUUAAGGGUGAUUUAAAUUACCGUAAAUUAGUUUAUGAUUGUAAAUGGCCAACUACCACUCCAUUCAAAGAAGCGAUUGGACUUUUUGCUACUGAAAAAUCUGCUCCGCCUAUUUUAGCACUUCGUACUAGUAAAGCGGAUGUUAUUGUCGGGUUACCCGAAGGAAUUGAAGAAAGGUUAUCCGCUUUAGAAGCAGAUUGGAUGUAUUCUGGAAAAUACGCAGUUAUUCAAUUUAAUGAAGGAAAUCAAUAAAUAUAAAUAGUAUAAGACUAUAAGUUUAACUUCUUUGUUAAUAAAAAGAAUAGAAUCCGAUUACUAUUUACAUAUACAAUUUGCAUUAUUUUAUAAUGUUUCGGAAAAAUUACGUAAAAAUAACCUGUUUGCAAGUUAUACUUUUAAAUAAAUUUUUUUUUUUAU